AUGAGCGUAAAUCGACGAAGACGGGACAAUGCUAUCGAAAUACAGGAAAGUUCAACUAUGUUCGAUAUCAUAGAAGGAACGCUGAGUCCCGACCCAGAGACAGUAGAGAACCACACCAGGCAAAUCGAGUAUCUACAGAAGGAAAUAGAAGAGAGGGACAAGACUCUGUCAAGGCUAAAGCAGGAUUUUAACGAUUUACUGGCUCAAAACGAUGACUUACAGAUUACCUUGGAGUCUAAAAACCAUGAAGUCGAAGCUCUGAAGGACAAAGGAAGUCCAAAAUUUGACAGACCAAAACAAGAGUUAAAGGUUUCUUUGAAAGCUAGUGACAAAGAAAGGAAUGAGCUGAAAGAUACGAUCAGACAGCUUCAAAAUAAGCUGAAAUCUUUGGAGCUUUCUACGGAAGACUUGAACAAGAGAUCAGAGGAUGCGAAGGAAGAACGCAAGAAAAUCGAGGAAGACAACAAUAAAUUAAAACUAGCCAUUGAGAAACAGUCGAAGAAAAUUGAGAGAAUGACGAAGGAACGCGUCCAAAAAGAAGAGGAAGACUACAAAUGGAAAAAGCAAUGGCAACCAAAAAUGCAACUACUUGAGUCUCAUGGAAGAAGAGGAGGCCUUCCUUUGGCUGAUCCAGUUGAGAAAGCUUACAUUGUUCUUGGUGAAAUGUGCUCGCAACUGCAAGCGAUGAUGUACCAGAAAGUACUUCCAGACAGUUAUUACAAAGAGUAUACUCGUUAUAAAGUUAAAUCCAUCGAACGAGAAAUUGACAGAAAACACGGAGACGUUCAACGUCAGGCGAUUGAGAGAUGGGAUAACUUGAAAAAGGAACUAAGCUGGGAUGAAAUCAAUCAUCCCAGUACACUGAAAGAGAUCCAGAGCGAAAGAAAUAUUGUGGCUCAUCCCGGUGUGCUUACGAAGGAGUCACUUCUCCAAUCAGAAAAUGUGAUGCAAGAGGCAAGAGAAAAGUGUGGCAGGAUGCGUUUGACCCAUGUCCGUGAAAUAAUAGAAAUGUGGGACCAUCUAACACAGAUGAAGUAG